AUGGCAGCAAAGCACGGCCUGAGGUGGCCGCGGCUGUUACUGUGGAGGUUGUGGCAGGCCCGGGGUCCUCCACAAAACCGGGUGUCGUUCCUGGGCCUAGAGGCGAGGACUUAUUCUCGGAGCGACGGCCCGUACUCGCGCACGGCAUUGUAUGAGCUUCUUGGCGUCCCCUCCACGGCCACGCAGGCGCAAAUCAAGGCCGCCUACUACCGGCAAAGCUUCCUCUACCACCCGGACCGUAACGCGGGGAGCGCCGAGGCUGCCGAGCGCUUUACGCGCAUCUCCGAGGCAUACGUGGUACUGGGCAGUGCCACCCUGCGCCGCAAAUAUGACCGCGGCCUGCUCAGCGACAUGGACUUACGCGGACCUGGCGUCCGUCCCUCCACGACGCCCUCAGCGGACCCCGGCUCGCCCCGCACCCCGCCGCCCGCCUCUCGUACCCACGGUCAUGGUCAGGCCUCGCCUGGCUCCGAACGCACUAUGUUCAACUUUGACGCCUUCUACCAGGCGCACUACGGAGAACAGCUAGAGCGCGAACGCCGCCUGAAGGCCCGCCGUGAGGCCCUUCGCAAGCAGCAAGAGGAUCGGGCUAAGAAGGGCUUCCGCUGGGACGAGAUCCGAGACACAACUUUAGUCUUACUUCUCUUAGCAAUCUUCAUCAUCAUGAGCAUUCGUUUUUAAUCGAGAGAGAAGAGAAGGGGAGCAGACCCCAGAAAAUGGCCUUUCCUGUAUUGAACCGUUCGCUUUCCACAGUCUACCUCUGCUGGGGUCCGAAGGAACCACUUUCCCCCUCCUUUUCCCCACCCGCCCAGCUUAGCGGUUGACCUGCACAUCCCUCUCCCCAGCGGUCCAGAAAAGGAGGCUUUUCGAUGCCCAAGAAGGAGGCCCCAGAAGGAAGAGCCCUGAAAGCCUAGGAGUGAAGGGUUUUCUGGAGUCCCAUGGGUGCCUGCUUCCAGAGGUUGCCUUCCUCAUGUUGUCAACUUCUGGAACACUUGUUCUGGCUUUAUCAUAAAGCUCUGAGCAGGAAUUGUGUGCUUCUGCCCCAUGUUUGUACCAUGGGGCUCUGUAACCUUGAAACGUGCAAUGUGACCAAUUGUUGGCUGCCAAAAGAAAAAUUCUGAGGUGUA